AUGGAUUUAGCUUCAAAGCUUAUAAGCUCAGAAGAGAAAACCAAAAUGAGUCUGAAACACAUGUUUCAGAAUUCAAUUGAUGUAUCUAUCAUGAAAGGAACAUUUGCCACUUCUUUGCAUACACUUGUAUUAUCAAAUUGUCUUCUGAUUGCAUUUCCAUGGAUAGUUAGUAACUGUUUCGGUUUGGCUAGUACUUUUUGGUGCUACAUGAUAUUUGGAACGAUUUGUUUUGGAGCUAUAGGGAAAUUGUUGAUGGUGUAUUUGGAAUGGAGUGCUAUUUGGGAAAUGAGUAUUGUGAUAUCAGUGUUGGAGGGUGUUUAUGGGAUUGGAGCUAUGAGAGUUUCUUGUUACUUUAGCAGUGGUAAUCAGAAGAGAGGGCUUGUUUUGAUGCUUGUUUUCUUUGUUUUUGGAGGUUUUUUAAGGUUGGUUUGUAUCUACUUUGAAUGCUAUAAAGGAGGUAGUGGAGUUUUUCUACAAAUUAGUGUUCUUACUGUGAUGAAUACAUUGAAAUGGGUGGCUUGUGUGAUUUAUUUCAAUGAUUGCAAAGAGAGGAAAAUGGAGAAGAAAGCUUUUGUUUUGAGCAAGGAGAAGAAAGUUGAUGGUGAUGAUGAAGAAAUGGGUAAAGUUGAGAUUGAAAGUAGUAGUAAUUCAUGA